AUGCCAAAGUUCGAUCCAGCUGUGGCUAUCGGACCUUUCAAAGGUGGUCAUCAAGCCGGAGUACUGGUUCCAUAUCUACAAGCGGCCAGAUUACCAAAACCUUUGAUCAUACAUCCCCUGUUAGAAUGUGUGACAUGGGAUCCGAAACCGUACGGAAAAUACAUAUUCUGGAAUGCGGUCGAGUUCCCGGCGAUGGCCUGUAUAUAUAUAGACUAUGAUGAUACUCCCACAGCUGACGACCAGAAACGUUAUCAACCCGCAACAUCACCCAAAGUCGAAGAGCUGCAUCUAUUACACUCGGAUACAGGAUGGAGCAUACGGAUAGCGAAUCGACUAGGAGUCAAUCUGACCGAUGUGUUACAGGGCAUUUUUGAUUGUAAUUCAACUCUGUAUGCAUUCUUUGCGAGCCCUUUAUACGUGGAUGAGCUUGGAGAGAUGCAUCCCAGGGAACAACAGUAUUUCGAGAAAAGACAACAAGGAUUUUUUGACACAUUCACAGGAUAUCGUAAAUCUGAUGCUCUCACGCUCAAGCAACGAACACGCUCAAUCUCAGCUUGGGCAAACUUACUUCAAUGGUAUCUCUUACAAACCGGACAUUACAGAACGCAAGCUCAACUUGCGUGCAACCAACGUUCUCGUUCUCAGCUUGAACAAUUGUUAAACACCGCAUCGAUCUUUCACCGCACCAUCACUUAUACAUACUUCAUUGUCAUUGUACCGCGCACGGUGAUCCUUCGACCGUACAAAAUCAGCAUACAUGCAUUCGUGACUCUUCUAGGAGCAGGAUGGGUGCUUCUGCGAAAUGUGAAAUCCUGGCGUGAAGGUUACGAUCAUGGAAGCAGCACCAGCAGGUUACGAAAGAUGUUGGUGAUUUGUCUAAUGGUUGGGGAUGUCACCAUCGCAAUAGCAUCGUCCAUCUCGGGAGCGAUGUCUCUUCACCAUCACAAAAUCAACGGUCCUGCACGAGGAAUCAUUGGUCUAUUAAUGGCUUCCGCAACAUGGUGGCAAUGCGGAUUCGCCACAGCCAUCGCUGGAACUACUUACCUUGCUUUACGGCAUCCCCUGGCCGGGAUACAAUUGUUUGCCGAAGCUCGACCAUGGACCAUCAUCCUUACAGUCUUCUCAGUAGGAUUAUUACAAGGUACCCUAUGGCUUGGCCUACACGGGUAUACGCAAACCAGCACGUUUUGUCUAUACGGCUCCACAUCUUCCCAAGGUGCCGAGAUAAUGCAGUUCAUCCCUCGAACACUCGCCUCGCUCACUAUCACAUUCACUUACCUGACUCUCGUUCACUUCCUCCGCCGUCCUUCUUUAACAUAUCACUUCUCUCCUCAACCUGACCGUCUCUCCACCUCUCGCUUCAGACGGGGUACGUCUCCCUCGUCAAUGCUACCACCAUGGGAAGCUCUGGUCAUUUCCUCUCCUUCUCAAUUAUCUCCCCUUGCGGAAGAUCCUCCCAUACUGUCACUCUCGCCGACCAAAGAACAAAUCCAUUCCCCAAACACUGAAAAACCCCUGAGCGAAUUCGGGACAAUGGGAGGAUUGACACCUUUAUCUCUAGCAAUGCAAUCUGAUUUCCGUGUGGAUAUACCUAAACCCGAUCCGGUGUAUUUGCCUCAUCGAAGGACCUUCUCCACUACCAGCUCGGCUAGCUCCAGUAGUACUUCCAGUAAACGUAGUCGAGUGAGCUGUAGUAGUACCAUCAGCGGACUUAGUCUUGCUAGUGACGUGACUGUAGUGACCAGUCUGGCUAGACCUUCUUCAUCUCUUGAUAAACCCGAGCGAAGUAAUUCUCAUUUGGGAGAAGGAGAAGAAUCGGAAGAAGAUUUUUGGGGAAUGUUAAAAUACGCUCCACCUCCUGAUGCUGAAGAAAGAAAAUUAGGAGCUAAAAGUCGACCUGGGACAUCUGGAGGAAGAGGAAGAGCCGGUACUACCAGUGGGUUAGGUAGGUUGGUACGCUCUGCCACUUUGAAUGGAGGGAAGAAUGGACGAGUUCAUAUUGAUGAUAAUGUGAUUUUGGAGAGAGAAGAGGAAGAUGUGGAUGGUGAGGAAAUGGAAUCAAAGGAAAUGCAAGUUCAAGUGAAGAGUUUGGCAAGUUGUAUGAAUAAGAAAACUGAACAAUUUUUAAUUUGGUUCCCUGCUACGCAUUUAUUGAUUUGUGCUUUGGUCAUAUCGAGAUUUAUUUUGGUGACUCUUCGAAGGAGCUCAGAGACGAAUUUAGGAGUUGAUAUCCUUACUUUGUUGUCCGUUUCAGGUCUGGGAUUAGGUGAUGUGGUGAUAUUUGGUAUAAUCGAACCCAAAACGAAAAGAUCAUACCGACUGGAAGCUGCCGAAGCGGGAGUAGCGGCGGAACAGAUACAUUCUGGUCCUUGA